AUGAAGGGAACCAAUGCUGGAAAGACCAUUGAAGCUAUCGAAAAGCUUUUCAACGAACAUACCUAUCCGGAAACCAUUAGAGCUGAUAAUGGGCCUCCAUUCGCCAGCGAGGAGUUUGCAAGCUACUGCAUCAGUAAAAAUAUUCGGGUUGUACAUUCCAUUUCAUACUGGCCGCAAAUGAACGGCUUGGUUGAGCGGCAAAACCAGGGUGUCUUGCGAGCUUUAAGGAUUGCCAGGGUGUUGAAGGAAGAUUGGCGGAAAUCAGUACAGAAUUAUGUGUACGCGUAUAAUACGACACCGCAUUCUGUUACGGGAAAGUCACCGAUGGAGCUUCUGAAUGGGCGACCAGUGAAGGACCUUCUACCAUCAUUGAGGACAGAACCUUAUUGGAAACGGGACGACGAAACACGCGACAGAGAUGCAAUCAAGAAGAUGCAAGGAAAGCUUUACGCGGACAAGCGGCGGCAUGCAAGACCGGCUGAAAUCGGUGUGGGAGAUGACGUAAUGCUACGGAAUUAUGAAAUGGGGAAACUGGAGCCUUGUUUUCGUCCGGAAAAGUACAAAGUUGUACAGAAAAAUGGUUCGGAUGUAAUCGUGGUGAGUGAAUAUGGUGUUCGUUAUCGGCGUCCUGUUGCCCAUUUGAGGAAAUGGCCCACUCAACAAUGUGAAGGAGCUGAUUGCAAUCCCUCACAAGGCGUUGAGUUGCAGCAAUUACCAACUACGACGGAUCACACAUCGCAGGAGUCGAAUGACAUGGAUGUUCAGGAUGCUGAAAGUGAAGAAGUUCCAGUGGCCAAACGUGCCAAGAGAAGCACUAAGCGAUCCACUCGGUUUGAUGAAUAA